AUGCCGGAAACAUUCACAGUCCACUACUUCGCAACGGCAUCCCAAUACACCUCCAAAAACACAGAAUUGCUCCCCGCGCCCUUGAAACUAUCCGCUCUGUUUGGCGAACUCGAGCAGCAAUAUCCUGGCAUUGUUCACAAGGUCCUGUCCACUUGUGGUGUUAGUUUAAAUGGGGAGUAUGUUGAUAUCGAGGAGGAUGGGGAGAUUCUUAUCCAGGCAGGGGGUGAGGUGGCUGUUAUUCCGCCUGUGAGUUCGGGGUAG